UGUAACGGCGGAGAAGAGUUAUCGUAUGCUACAAUGUUUUUAUUUCUUCUGUUGCCUCAGCUAGUUUUAUGCAAUAGCUCUGUGCUUCAGGACUCAGACAGCUCCUUGAACAUUUCUGUACCUGUGUCCAACAUGACUGUGGAUUGGGUAGGUUAUGGAUACGCAGCUCUCAUCGCUUCUGGAGGAGCCAUUGGUUAUGUGAAAGCAGGCAGUGUCCCAUCCCUUGCUGCUGGUCUUCUCUUUGGCGGUCUCGCUGGUUUAGGUGCCUACCAAAUCUCCAAUGACCCCAAAAACAUUUGGGUGUCCCUGGCGACAUCUGGAGCUCUGACUGGAGUCAUGGGAAAGAGGUUCUAUGGAUCCAGGAAGUUCAUGCCAGCUGGCUUGAUGGCUGGAGCAAGUCUUGUGAUGGUGGGAAAGCUAAGUCUCGCAUUGCUCCAGAAGCCCCAGGAGUCCUGAUGGAGGGAAGAAUCGAACGUGUUCUCCAGCCCGAUGUCUGAGGAGUGGCCUGUCAGCGUUUGUCAUUUACUGUUGAAUAUUGAAUAUUAUUUUGCAAACGAUGCAGUAGUGUAUAUUUGAAGAUGAAAUACAAUACCAUGUUUAUAUAAUAAGAA